AUGAUAAAAAACAUAGAAAAUUUAGAUAAAAAAUCAAGAUUAGCACAAUUAAAUAAAUAAGUUCAGAAAGAUAUUUAAAAAAGAGAAAAAAAGAAAAAAUAAUUAAUUAAUGAUGAUUCUUAUGAAAAUGACGAAGUUUAAGAAGAAUAAGAAAAUGACUUUAUUGAUGAUUAAUAUGAAAUAGCAUAAUCUAAUAACGUUUAAAAAAAUGACAAAAAAAAUGAUAUUUCCGAAGAUGAAGGUACAAAUUCAAUAUAAUAAUUUGAAGAAUAUUUAUCGAAAAUAUCAAAAAAUUUAUAGGAAGAAAAAUAAAAAAAUACUAUAAUAAGUUAGCCAACAGAUAUAAAUUAUUUUAAAAAUGCAGAAGAUGGCUCUUUAGAUGUUUAUUUAUAUGAUUAUUAUUAUGAUAAUGUAGUUAAGCCAGGAAAAAUAUAUGCUUUUGGUAAAGUCAAAGACCCUUAGUUAAAUAAAUAUCAUUCAUGUACAAUUGAAAUAGAAAAUAUUAUCCGAUAUUAUUAUUUAUUGCCUUCUUCCGAAUAAAUAACAGAAGAAGAAAUAAAGAACGAAGUACAUUAAAUUUUUAAAAACGCACAAAAAAUGUCCAAAAAAGUCGACUUUGUGGGUUAGUUUGUCUAAAAAAAUUACGCUUUUGAACUUCCUAUACCUAAAGGAAACUAGAAAUGGUACUAAAUAAUGACUUCUUAUGAAUUUGAAAGCUUAGAUCCAGAUGUAAAAGGUAAAACUUUCAAUUAUUGUAUAGGAAGCACAUAUAGUAGUUUAGAAAGUUUCCUGAUUUAAAAAAGAAUUAAAGGCCCUUGUUGGGUGAAAAUGCGAAAUAUAAAAAAUACACCAAACUUAAUCAGCAAUAGGAAAUUAGAAUUCAAAAUAGACUAUAGUAUAAAUACUAAUAUUUAGGUUUUGGAGGGAUAAAAAAAUUCGCCGGUUUUUUCAGUAGUUUCUUUGGGUUUAAAAAGUGUCAAUAGAAUAGAUUUGAAGGGGAAUAAGAAAGAAUAUAAAAAGGAAAUUUUUAUUCUUACUAUGAAGUUUAAUUAAAAUGUUAAUAUAGAUAACAGUAUUGUAAAAGAAAUGCAAAAUUAUUAAAAAAUAGCAUUUGUUUGUCAUCCAAAUAAUCAAAAAAAAUAAGAUUCAGUAUUCUAGAAAGGAGUUUUGGAUAAAUAAACGGUUUUUUGUUAAAGUGAAAUGGUGCUAUUAGAAAAUUUUCUGAAUAAAUUUAAUGAACUAGAUCCUGAUAUUGUAGUUGGACAUGAUCUUUAUUAGACAUUGUUAGAUAUUAUUUGUAAUAGAAUUAAAGAAAGAGGACUUUAAAAAUGGGUUUAUUUAUCUAAAUUAAUUAAUGUAGGUAGUAAUGAGAUCCCUAAGUAUGGAAAUGCAAUGUAAAAAUGUAGAUAGAUUUUAAAAGGAAGACUUAUUGUGGAUACUUUAUUAAGUUGUUAAGAAUUUCUUAAUUCAGUCGAGUAUACUAUAGAACAUUUAGCAAAGAAGAUUUUUGAUAAAGAAAUAACUAGAGUUGAUUAAAAAGAUUACGAAAAAAAAUUUGCAACUAAUUUUUUAGUUAAUUCAAUUGUUGAAGAUACAUAUUUAGAUAAUGAGUAUGCUUUGAAAAUUAUGUAUCAUUUAUAAAUUAUUUAAUUGACUAAAUAAUUGACUAUUAUUUGUGGAAAUUAAUGGAUUGGGUCUUUAUAAAAUUAAAGAGCAGAGAGGAAUGAAAUGCUUCUUUUGCAUAAAUUUUAUGAACUUAAUUAUGUUUACCCUGAUAAUUUUAAAAACUUGAAUUUUUAAUAUAAGAAAAAAAUGUAACUAAAAUUAAGUGAAAAUACUGGAAGUUAAUAAUAAUAAGGAAAAUAAAAAAAACAAAAAUUCAAAGGAGGUUAAGUUUUUGAACCUUAAAAAGGGCUUUAUAAUGAAUAUAUAGUACUUUUGGAUUUUAACUCCUUAUAUCCAUCUAUUAUAUAAGAAUUUAAUGUGUGCUUUACUACAGCAACAAGAAAAUCUCUUAGCUUAGAAUAAUAAAUGUAGAUAUUCAUAAAGAAUAAGAAAGAUUUAAAUGAAUAAAUAAUAUAAAAUAAUUAAGAAGAAGAAGAAUAAUAUAAUGAUAUUUAAUAAGAUUAAUAAAAUGACGAUCAAAUUGCUUAGAUCGAAAAAGUGAAAUAUAUAGCUGUUUUGCCAGGAAUAUUGAGAGAUUUAGUCGAUUAAAGAAAAAAAGUAAAAAAUUAAUUAAAAAACGCGAAAGAUUAAUUAGAAAAAGAAACACUAGACAUAAAAUAAAAAGCAUUUAAAUUAGUAGCUAAUUCCAUAUAUGGGUGUUUAGGUUUUUCCUCUUCGAGAUUUUAUGCUAUGCCUAUAGCAGCUUUUAUUACUAGUAAAGGUAGAGAAGUACUUUUUAGUUCUAAAAAAAUAGUAGAAGACAUGGGAUAUAAUGUGAUUUAUGGAGAUACUGAUAGUUUAAUGAUUAGACCUAAUACUUAGGAUCUAUGUGAGGCUAUUAAAAUUGCCCUUAAAAUUAAGAUUGAGGCUAAUAAAUAAUAUAAAAAAUUGUAAUUAGAUAUUGACGGGGUAUUUAAAAAUAUGUUGCUUAUUAAAAAGAAGAAAUAUGCUACUUUAAAAGUUUGUAAUUGGGAAGAGGCUUAUUAAAAUAAAAAUAUUUAGGAAAUCACUGUUAAAGAAUUAAAAGGUAUUGAUAUUGUUAGAAGAGAUUGGUCAUAAAUAUCAAGAGAUGCAGGAAACAAAGUUUUGGAUAUCAUUUUAAAUAGUAAAUCUAGUGAACAAGUCUAGGAAAAUAUUAUUACUUAUUUAACUGAAUUAAAUAAAGAAAUUGAUGAGAAAAGAAUAAAACCAAGUGAUUAUUAUAUUACGAAAAAACUUACUAAAAGAAUAGAUUAGUAUGGAGAAAAAAACAUUCCUCAUGUAGAAGUUGCGUCUAGAAUGAUUACGGAAAAGGGGUUAGAUCCUUAAUCUUUAGUUGGGCAUAUUAUAAAUUAUAUAAUUUGUAAAAAUUAAUCGAGUAAAUUAAUUGAUAAGGCUUUCAGUCCUAAAGAAUAUAAUGACCAAAAAGAUACCUUAGAAAUAGACUUAGAAUAUUAUAAGAAAUAUUAAAUUUUUGAACCUAUAAAAAGAUAAUUAGAAGUAAUCGAAAAUAUAAAUAUUUCUUAAGUAGCAAGUAUUUUUGCUAUAAAGUAUACUGUAGUAUAAACUAAAGAAAAUAUAGAAGAAUAAGGACACCAAAAUAAAGAUAUGAGACGUAUUUAUUUAUAAAAAUAUAUGCCUUAGGUUAAUUUAAUAUGUAAAUCAUGUAAAAAAAGCUAACUUUUUACAGGAUGUUUUAAAUAUGAAAGUGAAAAUAGCGAUAGUUAAUAAAAUGAAAAAUAAAAAAAUAUUUUAUAAUGUAAGUUCUGUUAAGAAGAUAACUUUAUUAAUAUUAGAAACGGUGUUAUUUUCUGUUUGAAGAAUUUAAUUAGAUAUAAAUAAUAAAUGGAAUUAGUUGAUGAAAAUGAAAUUGAUUCAUUCACUUUUGGAUUCAGUUUAUUAAAAAACUACGAGCUUAGAAUUACAAAUAAAUUCUUUAAUGAUUAACUUUAAGCUCUUUAGUCUAUGUUCGAGUUAAGCAUAUAGGAAAAAAAUGAACUUUCAGUUGAUAUUUAACUUAAAAUUUAAAAUAUUAAAUAAAUUGUUGACAAAGAGUUAGAAAAAAGUGAUUAUUUUAAUGUUCCUGUUUUACAAUUUAUGAAUUCUUUUGGAAUUUAAUGAAAGUUUUUUAGAGUUUAUUUUUCCCUUGUUUUUAAUAUGAAUAAAAAAUAUUAAAUUUAUUUUUAAUUUUUAAUGUGUUUUUUAAAAUUAUUUUUUUUUGUUUCUGUUUUAUUCCUUUAAUAAUGUAAUUACUUUUUUGUUA